GGGAGGUGGAGCCGGGGCCCGCGGGCCCGCUCGAGCCCCCGGAGCCGCCCGAAGCGCCCGCGAGCCGCCGGCCGGGCGGGAUUCGGGUCCUGAAGGGUCCUACCUUCCUACACUGCCCGGAAGUGGUUCAACCCACCACUGGUUCCCUGGAGUUCCACUCUGGGGACCUUUAGAAAGAUUCCAGAAAUUGAUCUUGAUUCCAGUGCUCAGCUGGUGGUGUGGCUGGCUGACAGUGUCCAAGGCCCUUGAAUCUCUUGGCUUAUUGCAUAUGGUUAAUGCUUUAAAUAAUCCUUGCCAAUAAAUGGGAUUGACUAUGGAAAAUAGGAGCUAUGCAUUCUACAUACAGAAGUUCCCUUAAAUAGCUGAGUGGUUGAAGUGUGUGCCAAGGGAAACUGGAAAAGAAUAUAGAAAUAUGAAACACAAUGGGAGCAGAAAUUGUUUGAAUAGGAGAAGUAGGUUUGGUUCUCGAGAAAGAGACUGGCUGAGAGAAGAUGUGAAGAGAGGCUGUGUUUACCUUUAUGGAGCAGACACGACCACUGCCACUACAACCGCCACCUCCUCUGCCUCCUCCUCCUCCGCCUCCUCCUCAUCCUCUGACUUACAUCUUGUCCUUUGCACAGUAGAGACUCCAGCAUCAGAAAUAUGUGCUGGAGAGGGAAGGGAAAGUCUUUAUUUACAGCUGCAUGGAGACCUGGUCAGGAGACUGGAACCCACCGAACGACCUCUUCAGAUAGUUUAUGAUUACUUAUCCAGGCUGGGCUAUGACGACCCUGUGCGCGUACAGGAGGAGGCAGCAAAUCCCGACCUCGGCUGCAUGCUUCGCUUUUAUGGUGAGAAACCAUGCCAGAUGGAUCAACUGGAUCGAAUCCUUCUCUCUGGCAUCUAUAAUGUACGCAAGGGGAAGACUCAGCUGCAUAAGUGGGCUGAACGCCUAGUUGUUCUCUGUGGCACCUGCCUCAUCGUUUCCUCAGUGAAGGACUGUCAAACUGGAAAGAUGCACAUUUUGCCUCUUGUUGGGGGAAAGGUAGAAGAAGUGAAGCGAAGGCAGUACUCCCUUGCAUUCAGCUCAGCUGGAGCCCAGGCUCAGACCUAUCAUGUCAGCUUUGAGACUUUGGCUGAGUACCAGAGAUGGCAACGGCAAGCAUCCAAGGUGGUGUCCCAGCGAAUCAGUACUGUCGACCUCUCAUGUUACAGCCUCGAGGAGGUUCCUGAGCAUCUCUUCUACAGUCAAGAUAUCACCUACCUCAACUUGCGACAUAACUUCAUGCAACUAGAAAGGCCAGGGGGCCUUGACACUCUUUACAAAUUUUCUCAUCUGAAGGGCCUGAACUUGUCCCAUAACAAACUUGGGUUGUUUCCUGUAUUGUUAUGUGAGAUUUCUACACUGACUGAGCUAAAUCUUUCCUGUAAUGGAUUUCACGACCUGCCAAGUCAGAUUGGCAAUCUCCUAAAUCUUCAAACUCUCUGUCUUGAUGGCAACUUUCUGACUACUUUGCCUGAAGAAUUGGGAAAUCUGCAACAGCUUUCCUCCCUUGGAAUUUCCUUCAACAACUUCAGUCACAUUCCCGAGGUGUAUGAGAGACUCACCGUGUUAGACAAAGUGGUUAUGGCAGGAAAUCGACUGGAAGUCCUAAACCUAGGGGUGCUGAGCAGGAUGAGCCAUAUCAAGCACGUAGACUUGAGGAUGAACCAUUUGAAAACCGUGGUAAUUGAAAAUCUGGAGGGAAAUAAAUACAUCACCCACAUGGAUUUGCGGGACAACCAACUGACUGACUUAGAUCUUAGCUCCUUCUGUAGCUUGGAGCAGCUGCAUUGUGAGCGGAACCAGCUGAGGGAGCUGACACUCAGUGGCUUCUCCCUGCGGACUCUCUACGCCAAUUCCAACAGGCUGACAGCAGUGAAUGUCUAUCCAGUACCCAGUCUUCUCACAUCUUUAGAACUUUCCAGAAACCAGCUGGAAUGUGUCCCUGACUGGGCCUGUGAAGCAAAGAAGAUAGAAGUAUUAGAUGUGAGCUAUAAUCUUCUGACAGAGGUUCCUAUGAGAAUUCUUAGCAGCUUGAGUCUUAGGAAACUGAUGGUGGGACACAAUCACGUGCAGAACCUCCCAGUGCUCAUGGAGCACAUCCCUCUGGAGGUAUUGGACAUCCAGCAUAACCUGCUCACCAGGCUGCCGGACACCCUCUUCUCCAAGGCCUUAAACCUCAGGUACUUGAAUGCAUCCGCAAAUAGUCUGGAGUCCUUGCCAUCUGCUUCUGCAGGGGAGGAGAGCCUGAGUGCCCUGCAGCUGCUCUAUCUGACCAACAACCUCCUGACAGAUCAGUGUGUGCCUGUCCUGGUCGGGCACCCACACCUGCGAAUCUUGCAUCUUGCAAACAACCAGCUACAAACUUUUCCCGCAAGCAAACUAAAUAAAUUGGAACAAUUGGAGGAACUGAACCUAAGUGGCAACAAGCUUAAAACCAUUCCCACGACCAUAGCGAACUGCAAAAGGCUGCACACCCUUGUCGCACACUCCAACAACAUCAGCAUUUUCCCAGAAAUACUGCAGUUGCCUCAGAUCCAGUUUGUAGACCUAAGUUGCAAUGACUUGACAGAAAUCCUGAUCCCAGAGGCCCUGCCUGCUACCUUACAGGACCUUGACCUGACUGGAAAUACAAACCUGGUUCUGGAACACAAGACGCUGGACACAUUUAGCCAUAUCACAACCCUGAAAAUUGAUCAGAAACCUUUGCCAACCACGGAUCCUACAGUUACAUCAACUUUCUGGAGCCAUGGACUGGCUGAGAUGGCAGGGCAGAGGAACAAGCUGUGUGUAUCUUCGCUAGCUGUGGAUACCUUUGUGGAGGGCGUGGGAGCGGUAUACGGCAUGUUUGAUGGGGACCGGAAUGAAGAGCUUCCCCGCCUCCUGCAGUGCACGAUGGCGGACGUGCUUCUGGAGGAGGUCCAGCAGUCAUCCAGUGACACCGUUUCCAUGGCUCACACCUUCUUGGUAUCUCACAGGAAAUUAGGGAUGGCUGGUCAGAAGCUGGGCUCCUCUGCUCUUCUUUGUUACAUCCGUCCUGACACUGCCGAGUCAACAAGUAGUUUUAGCUUGACGGUGGCCAACGUGGGCACGUGCCAAGCAGUCUUGUGUCGAGGUGGGAAACCAGUUCCCCUCUCUAAAGUCUUCAGCCUGGAACAGGAUGCAGACGAGGCCCAAAGAGUGAAGGACCAAAAAGCCAUCAUAACAGAGGAUAACAAAGUGAAUGGGGUAACCUGCUGCACCCGGAUGCUGGGCUGUACAUACCUCUACCCUUGGAUCCUCCCCAAGCCCUACAUCUCUUCCACUACACUUACCAUUCAGGACGAGUUGCUGAUUCUGGGAAACAAAGCAUUGUGGGAACACUUGUCAUAUACAGAAGCUGUCAGUGCAGUGCGUCACGUACAAGACCCAUUAGCAGCUGCCAAGAAGCUGUGCACAUUAGCCCAGAGCUACGGUUGUCAGGACAAUGUGGGGGCAAUAGUGGUUUAUUUGAACAUUGGGGAGGAAGGCUGCACUUGUGAGAUGAAUGGGCUCAGCCUCCCAGGUCCUGUGGGAUUUGCUCCGACCACCACCAUCAAGGACCCUCUCAAGCCAACCACUCCUUCCUCCAGCAGUGGGAUCGCCUCUGAGUUCAGCAGUGAGAUGUCCACGUCAGAGGUGAGCAGUGAGGUGGGAUCCACUGCUUCUGAUGAACAUAACACUGCUGGCCUGGAUGCCAGCUUGCUCCCACGGCCAGAGAGGCGCUGCAGCCUCCAUCCCACCCCCACCUCUGCGGUGUUUCAGCGCCAGCCUUCAUGUGCGACUUUCUCGAGUAACCAGUCUGACAAUGGCCUGGACAGUGACGACGACCAGCCCGUUGAAGGGGUCAUAACCAAUGGCAGCAAAGUAGAGGUGGAAGUGGAUAUCCACUGCUGUCGGGGGAGGGAGAACUCGCCCACGCUCCCAAAGAAUUCUCCGGCCCCACGUCCUGAGGAGCAUGGGAGAGGAUUGUUUUUUGGGAUCCGAAGACAGAACAGUGUGAACAGUGGCAUACUUCUACCAAUGAGCAAGGACAAGAUGGAGCUACAGAAGUCUCCCUCCACCUCCUGUCUCUAUGGGAAGAAACUCUCCAAUGGCUCGAUUGUACCCCUGGAAGACAGCCUGAACCUCAUUGAAGUGGCCACAGAAGCACCCAAGAAGAAAACGGGCUAUUUUGCUGCCCCCACUCAGCUGGAGCCAGAGGAUCAGUUUGUUGUGCCUCGUGACCUGGAAGAAGAAGUGAAGGAGCAAAUGAAGCAACACCAGGAAAGCAGGCCCGAGCCUGAGCUGAUUGAAGAGGAUCGGACCGAGCUCCCUGAGGAGUUUGACACAGCACUGUAAUCCUCCCCAGCAGCUCAGUGUUAGGGAAGGCUGUGUGGGGUCGGGGUCGGGGGCCCUUCCAGAGGCAUUUUGCCUCUGCAUUUCUAAACCAUAGAUGAGGGGGGUAGAAUUUGGAGCCAAAAAUGGUGAGAGCUAUCAGGGUCUUCUCUGGAUAAGCUAGUAAACACCAUCAGUGUUAAGUUUCACAUUUAACCUGCACUGGGAUUCCCAGAGCUACUGGGAAGAAAGCAGAUGUUGCUCUGUAUCAGUCCUGCCACCUGCCAUUAACCCUUUCUCUCCUAGGAUAAUUUUGAGAAUUUGCCUGCCUGGGUAGGAAAGGGACUAUUUCUGUGGAGGAAAAUAACUGAAGAUGAUUCCCUUUACUGAUUGCUGCUGAUGGAUCUCUAUGACAGAGGAAUCACCUUAUAUCUCAACCUAACUGAUGGGAUGGGAUGUGACUAGUCACAUGACUUUUCAUUCUUCUCUACGAGAAUACAGCCUAUCAAAAUGAUGUUUAUUGGAAAUGUAGAACCAAUCAAACAGAUAAUUUAUGUAUGUAAUGUAACGAGAGCACUUUUCAUUGACUGUGAACUUUUUAUUUUCGAAUCUGCACUCGAGCCAAUCUUCUUAGAGGCAGCCCAGCACCUUCUUCUCCAUAGGUAGAAUGAGCAUCAGGUGUUGGAGCCUUGCAUGAGGGUACUAGGCAGGGUCCUGGGAAAUUGAUUUAAUUGUUGGAUGUCAGACUGUGAAAACUCCUGAGAAGCUUGUGGGGAUGAAGGUGGGAAAGAAGUGAAGACUAAGACUACUUCCCCCAAAUCACAAAAAAAGAGAAAAGCUAUUGACGAAUGUGACACCUGCUAGGAGUUUCCCAGCAGGUCACAAGAGGGGCACUUGGGGAUUGGCCUCUUUCAUAACACCUGAUGGAGUGGCAGUCAGCCUCCAGUGUGUAGGGCCAAGGCUGAUGCUGCUCACAUCCAAGUAACCGUGAGUUACAGCAGAUGACCCGGAACAGAGGAUGGGUGGAGCUCAGGUGUUAGGUUCCUUCUCUUACUCUAGCUUAGGGAUGGUUUUCUAAAAUGUUGCAGGUGAGUGGAGAGUUCACCUCUUUAGUGUUUAACAGAGUACUGAAAACUGCUUAUCCACGUCACAUGGUUUGAGAAUACUGGGUUUAAUUACUAAUAUAAGAAAGAAUUUAAAAAUCCUAAGCUCACAGAAAACCUGGUUUACUAUAUUUUUGGCACAUUCCAUGUAACCCUAGCAAAAUGCAGUUCCUUCCAUAUUUCUGUUCUGUUGCCUUUUCCAUUAGAAGAUUUACUUAGGAAAAUGAAUUUCUAUUUAUUCCUACAAAAUUUUGACACUGCUUGAUUUUACCCAAUGAGGACUAUGCUUUGAAUGAUUUCUAGAAUACUUUCACAAUUAAAAAGAAAGCAGAGUGGAACCAUU